CCAACCGUAUCCCUCGAAGAAGACCCUGUUGCUAGCAUCACAUCCUUUCCUGCUGUCAUCUGCUUCCUCGGUGUCAUCUGGCCAACUGCUUUCCAUUCAUUUAUUUCCAAUCACUUACACGAAAUCCUUACUCCAUUAGUCGUUGACUACUCUGUAAUAUGAAGGGGUUAAAGAUCGUGACCGUGCUGUCGUGUGUGUUGGUGUCUUUGUUCUGUGUGGCGGAGGCUGCAAGGAACAGGAAAGACUCCAGCAACCAGAACAGCUUCCGCCGGGCGGCGAACGGUAUCUACCAGACCCUCAGCAAUGUAUUUGGCGAAGAAAAUAUUCGAGGAUUGUACAAGUUUUUCUCCAAGACAACCGAACGUUUUGUCCAUGGAGUUGACGGCUUUGUCGACUCUAUCUGGAAGAUUUGGACAGAUCUGCUGGAUGUCAUGGGCAUCGAUUCCUCCAACAUGAGCCACUACUUCAGCCCCACCUCGCUGACCAACUCCCCGGCCCGCGCCCUGCUGCUGGUGGCUGCCGUGCUGCUGGCCUACUGGUGCCUGUCCCUCUUCCUGAGCGGCCUCUACUACCUGCUCCACUCGGUGUUCGGCCGCUUCUUCUGGGCGGUGCGCGUGUUCCUCUUCGCCAUGGCCUGCCUCUACAUCCUGCAGAAGUUCGAGGGGGACCCGGAGCGCGCCGUGCUGCCGCUGUGCUUCGUCAUGGCGGUGUACUUCAUGACGGGGCCCGUGGGCGCCUUCUGGCGCCGCGGCGGCGGCGGGGCCGGCUCCCUGGAGGAGAAGAUCGACCAGCUGGACACCCAGGUCAGGCUGCUCAACAUCAGGCUGUGUCGCAUCAUGGAAAGCAUGGACCGAUCAGCGGAGAAGUAGAGGGGGGGAAUGUGCUAGGGGGUUGGCGCAGGGGAUUCUGGGGGUGAUAGUUUGGGAGUUCCCAUGGGCACAUUUGACGGCAAUAACUUGGUGUUGACACUGCUGUUCUUGAGUUUUGUUGAGAUCUCCAUUCGAAACGAUGACGAACGAUAGUUUAGGCAAAUGUCACAAAAUAAUAGGUAUAGCUUUCAGUUUAUUUACACCUGGCACUCUAUUUAUAUCGAGUAUUUUGAGUGAAAUGUUUCUAAGGUUAGGUCCAUCUGCAGUACAAGGUAUUAAUAACACAUUUUCCUUUUGAAACUGAUUUGUACAACAGUUUUGCUUCAGAAAAAACUCUCAAUCUGGUAUUCAUCGUGACACUUGGAAUAGAUCCAGGUUUGUAAUAACGACAACAUAUUAUCUGAAGUUGGUUUCCUUUUAAAUUAUUGUGAAUAUCCCCUAGGUCCUGAAUGUUUUUAUCAACUUUGUCUUUCCCUUUUGGAAAGUGUGUGUGUGUGUGUGUGUGUGUGUGUGUGUGUGUGUGUGUGUGUGUGUGUGUGUGUGUGUGUGUGUGUGUGUGUGUGUGUGUGUGUGUGUGUGUGUGUGUGUGUGUGUGUGUGUGUGCGCGCGCGCGGUUACCCAACCAUCUUUCUUACCAUUCCCAUCGAGCUCUCAUGUCUGACAAUUCCAUUUUAUUGACCCUCUCUGUUCCGUUUCAACUGCUAAUGCCACAGAAUAUUGUGACAUUAGUUUCCAUAAGAGCAGGUAUCAGGAACCCCUUUUUCUUACUGCAUUUACUGGUAUUUUGUACAAGUUCUCACGCAGGUCACACAUGUAAUUGGGUGCAUUGUUGGGAUAUGGGUGUGGUCACUGUUUGAACUUUAGACAGGCACUGGAUAAGACAAACUAAUGGAAAUGACACAAGGCAACGCUAUCUCAGGGACAUAAGCAUAAUAUUAAAUACAAAAAUACAAUUGGAUAUGUCAAAUGUCAUCUGGAUUUAAUAUCCUAAAUAUACAGCGGUUGAGGGGGAAACGAUGUGUCGAGUAGGAAGAAUGGGAGAGUUGACUAGGCUUCACAUGUACCAAGGGAUAGUGCUCAUGGUGUUACCAUUGCAUACCGACGCAUUUUUCAACAUACUCUUUUGUGUCCUGAAAAACUAGCAUGGCCUUUUUAUUGCUGUCCAAAUGUCUUUCUACUACCUUUUGAGUUGACCUAAUAGUUAAAGCUGAUGGGUUUUCAAAUUAAGUUAUCAAUAACAACCAGAUGGAUUGAUAUUAUUGAGUCAGCGAUAUCCAUUGGUGGUCAGAUAUUGUACGUGGAAUUUAGUUGUCAUUUUUUUUCCGGAAACAUUGUGAUCGUGAACACAUCUCAUUCUCAUUUAAUCAUUCCUGGACUUGAAUGUUAGUUAAAUGGAUUAGCUUUAAAAUUGUGAAACAACAGCCUAUUAUUUUUCUAAUAUCUUUUCUGUAAAACUGUUUAAAUAACCUGCGUGACAUUUUUGUGGAAACGACUACCAAAACUUUUUUCGUUUUGGUUCAUCACAUCUGCCUUUUAUUUAAUUUUGUAUUGUUUUGGCCUUCAUUCUUCACAGUACUGUAUUUUUUAUGUUUUUUUUUUUUUUUUUUGUUACAAUUGAGACGCACACGAUAAUGUCUAGUUGCUGUGUUUGGGUUUUUCUUGCAUACCACCUCUUGUGUUCUUUGUAAUGAUCUCUAUUAACCCUGACUGCCCAUUGCACUAUUUUAAAUAACUAUCUUUUACAAUAUCUAUUUCUUUAACUUGUGUUGAUGGUGUUGUCGGCAAAGAUUGAAAUACUUGCCUGACCCUAGCGCUGUGUUAUUCAGAUAUGUAAUAUAUAUUCUUGUCAACUUUUAUUGUAGAACAUGUUGAAUAUUCAGAUUUAUUUUCCAGCAUGAGAUGCUGAAGCCAGAGAAUGUCUGUGAUAUGAAGGUCAAAUCGGUUUAAUGAAUGCGGUAUGCUAGUCUCUAAAAUUUCCUUGGUGUCUGGACACCAAGACCAUAUUGGUGUCCAGACCAAUAUUGCCCAGUAUAUCAGCGCUUCAGCUUAUUGGAACAACUUCUCUUAAGAACAUCAAACCAGGGUAGCCACGCAGAGUGCCUCGUGGGGAUAAUGUAAUGGGGCCUAGAAUUAAAUAGAUAAGGAAUUUGAUAUUCCAAAAUGGGGUGCUUCCAAUCAAAAGUACAUUUUUAAUUAUUUGUGGCAGAGGCUGCAAAGUAAUAAGCAGGGUGUAACAACUCAAGAAUCCUGUUAAUCCGCAAAAAAAUCAUGUAAGCCGUUUUGGUUUUCUGAACUAAGUCUUCACUUCAAUUAAGCAGUUUAUUUUCUGGCCGUUGUUUGGGUUUUCAUGUUCUCUCAUGUUAGCUUUUUGAGUGUAUGCAUGGUUAAGUUAUUUGCUGAGUGUCGUGUUCAUUCCUCCAAAAUUCAGAAUUUCCUCUAUGAAUUAUUGACAGGAGCACCAAACGGGUCUCCCUGUUGUCUACUUUAUGAGUUUGUCUGAAUCUGUAAUAGAGUAAAGUUUUGGGAAAAAAAAAAGUUGUCUUACAGUGCAAAUGAGGUCCAGAUGUGAAUGAAUUAAACUUUAUCACCACUGA